AUGGCUAGCCCGGUAUGCUUGCUACUUGUUGAUCUCGAUCUAGCAACUGUGGACACAAUGGGUAGAGGAGAAGAGAGUGACAUUCGUCAAUUUCUCAAUUCACUCGAUGUGACGAAAGAUUCUUGGAGGGAUGAAGCUGAGCGAUGGAUUCUGGAAAGAAUCAGUUCAUCGAAGUCUCGAAAAAGUGUUCCCCGCUUUUCGAUUGGUGACGAGGACUAUGAGCUGUCCGACAGCGAAGUACCACUAACUAAUGAUGCUUGUACACAAACAUUUGCUGACGAGGAUGUGCAGCAAAAAACUGAAUCGCCACCAAAAUCACUCGAUGAGAUUUCUCGUGAUUGGAACGAAGGAAGGACUCUUUCUGCAUCCGAUGCUCUCCGACUUGUCAAACGGGGUAUUGUAAAAUGCCGCGAACUGGAGACGCGCCUCGAUGCUGAAACUGCAAUAUUUGUGAGGCGUUCCUACGUAGCUCCUGAAGUCUUGAAGGAGUUACCAUUCAAGAACUACGAUUACAAAUAUGUGACCAACUCUUGCUGUGAAAAUGUUAUUGGUUACGUCCCUAUACCUCUGGGCGUUGCUGGUCCUAUACCAAUAAAUGGUGCUGAAGUUUACGUCCCUAUGGCCACCACAGAAGGUGCAUUGGUCGCCAGUACAAAUAGAGGUUGUAGUGCCGUAAAGAAAAGUGGCGGUGUUUCUACCUGCAUUUUCGACGAAGGAAUGACACGUGCUCCUGUUGUCAAGUUUCCUACCGCUUCAGAGAGGCUAAAGUUGAAAAAAUGGCUUGGAGUUCCUGAGAACUUCCUUCUUGUCAAGACUGAGUUCGAGUCCACAAGUCGGUUUGCACAACUACGUGCGGUCGAGGUAGCCAUAGACGGGAAUCUAGCGUUCGUCCGAUUCAUCGCUUUCACGGGAGAUGCAAUGGGUAUGAACAUGGUGUCAAAAGGUUGCAACCUUGCUAUGCAUUUGCUGAAGGAAAAGUUUCCAUCAAUGCAACUGCUGGCUCUAAGU